ACCGAGAAGUUCACGCCAUGCCUCACACACCUCCUGUUCACGCCUACACCUCCGUCUCCGUUUGUCUGCUUAAUUGUUCAUCCAAGUACCUCCAAUCUCGAAUUCAUAUGCUACAUGUCUCAAGGCUGGGAGGCGUCGACUGGCGUAGGGGUUUUGAACGACUGGUUCGCACUUCAUGCCACCGAGGGACCUCUACCACAAUACGACGAAGGUUUUAUACCAGAUUUCGACGAAUCAUGGCUAUCGGCUUUCAUGGUUGAUGAGGUUUUGCUAGGUCCCAACAGCUCGCAUAGACAAUUCAACGAAGGCGUUACCUCAUUUGACGACAGCGCUGAUUGCAAUGCUGAUGUCAACUUGGAUACAUUAGCUCUUGAUGGGCUACCUACCCCCCGCAUGCCGUCAAUAAAUCGGUUGGAUUGUCCAUCGGAUCUUCUGAAGGAUGGAGCUUCGGAGAGGGUAAACACAGUGGCUACAGAUGAACAGGAGACUAGAAUUGAGUCAGCAAAUGGUUCCUACAUGUCCUCUAUAGACAAAACCAAACCGGAUCUCAGUGAAGAAUCACUACCGACAAGGGCUUAUCAUCAGAGGCCCGCAAAGCGUUCAACUUCUGACAAACCUAAAUCCAAGAGGACCAAGAUUUCGAACGAAGCCCGCGUUGUGUUGGACGCACACUUCGAUAAUAGCGCUUAUCCGACUGAUGGUGAGCUGGUUCUACUAUCUGGAAAGACUGGAUUGCCUGUGUCAGUCAUCAAAACAUGGUUCGUGAAUGCAAGGGCACGCAAGACUAUGCCAGGAGGCAAUGCCGACGCAGAUACAAACGUGAAUAGUCAAGAAUUUCAUGAGCGACCCGAACGUAGUCUGUCGCUGGAGCCUGUCGUUGGUCGAGAUAGUCUUCAGGACUUGGAUCGAUGCUCCCCUGCGCCCAGCGUAGCCUCACUCGAGAGAUAUGUGAAUCAGACCGCAGAUCAGGACUCAGUUCCUACUUCAGUCAUCGAAUCAGCCUUACAAGCUGACCAUUUCCUACCUGCGCUACUUGUUGAUGCGCAACCAUUUGACCAUUGCAACACAAUCUCAAGGUCUAGGCAGCAGUCUCCAAUGCGUGCUUUCAGUACCGCAGGCUCAAACAGCUCAGUGGGUUCUCGUAUCAGCGUUAGAAGUUCACGCAGCCAUAUCUCUGUCGAUUCGAGGGGUUCUCGUCGUGGUCGUAAGCGUUGGACACAACCACCAUUACCGCCUGAGGCGCAUCGACGGAAGAUAACUCUAGCAUAUACUCCCGAGCAGCCAAAUGGAAGCUUUUUGCAUGAAAAACAGGUAAGUGAAUCGUUCCUACUUCGAAGAUUACUACGUUACGAAGUACCCGCUCCUACUUUUGCACUUGGUCUAGCUGCAACAAAUCCUUCCCGAAUCGUUCCGCGUGGGCACGACACGAGGAAGCCAUCCAUCAUUGCCCCUACCAUUGGAUCUGCUGUCUAG